UGAUGUGGUACAUAUCAGCGGUAUCUGUGGUAUAGAUGUAUGCGUGUCAUGCGUGUACGCUAUAAGAGUGACAGUUCACUUAUUUAUCAUUCACAUUCCAAGGCAUUUUCUUUUCGUUUCGGUUGUAACAUUUUCAUUUCCUACAAGUAUUCGCCUUAUUAUGUCCACCGCAAAGAAGUACACGUUUGCUGAGGUUAAGGAGCACAACAAACCGUCAGAUUUAUGGGUUGUCAUCCACGACAAAGUCUAUGACGUAACAAAAUUCCUCCAUGAACAUCCAGGCGGUGAAGAAGUGCUCGAAGAAUCGGCCGGAAGAAAUGCUACCAAAGAUUUUGAUGAUGCUGAUCACAGUGAAUCGGCAAAAGAACAAUUGGCUAACUAUUACUUGGGCGAUAUUGUCGAUGAGGAAAAGACCGAAAAGUCUGUGAGCAAAAAAGCGGCAUCAUCGAACUCGAACAGUGGAUCUAAUAAAGGAUUGUGUUUAGCCGGAAUAUCAGCAUUAGCCAUUGCUUUGGGGUCAAUUGUGCUGUACAAGGGUUUUCAAAUGAGCAAGUCAUCAAAUUAAUGUAUUAUGAUAAAUAUAUGAAAUAAGCAGUCAUUGGAAAUGACCGCUUCUUCUAAUCUGGAUUACAAUUUGAGAUUUGAUGUUUUAUAAACAAAGGCAAUGUAUCAAAAUAAGAAAAAAUUAAAAUAUUGGAAAAUUGUAUAAAU